AUGACCAUGUACAACAGCGGCUCAGCCACCAAAACAACCACCAUAACCACUUCAAUCGCAACCGACAUCACGACUUUCGCACCAAGCACCGAUACCACGAGCUUGAGCUUCGUCUUCACCGUCAAUUUUGCGACCAUGAGUCCCAGCGACAUCAUGUCUGUAUAUAGCAGCGCUACUUCCAGUGUUAUGGACGACAUGAUGAGUUACAUGAGCACUGUCAUGUCUUCUGCCAUGAGGAAGUGCAGUGAUUACUUGACAUAUGCGGAUUAUUAUGUCAGUGUUAAUGCGGCAUCGGCUACUGGUAAGACCAGUGGCAAUGCCAGUGGCAAGACGACAAAGUCUAAGGCUACCAAGACUGCAAAGUCUUCUUCGGCAAAGACUACCUCGCCAAAGACUACCUCGCCAAAGACUACCUCGCCAAAGACUACCUCGCCAAAGACUACCUCGCCAAAGACUACCUCGCCAAAGACUACCUCGCCAAAGACUACCUCGCCAAAGACCAGCCAAGCUGUCGAAUCCGCUGCUGCCACCAGUUCUUAG